GUACAAUCUAAAAACGAUUCAAGUAAAGAGAUUUACAUUCUUCACAAAUAUUCCAUUACAACAAUUAAACAUCAUUUAAUUAAUCUAACGGAUUUAUCUGAAAACAGUCUUAAAUUUUCAUCUUGUAAUAAAAUCAGAAGUAACUGAUGAGUUAAACAUCAUUUAUUAUGAAGGGAUCAGUUUAUAUAAUCCUCGUGAUGGCAACGUUGACGACAUUUGCACAUAAAUGUCUAAUAACACGACACGCUGAUCAAAUAACUGCAGAUUGCACCAGAAUGAAAUUAAAAGGUGUCCCGACAGGUUUACAGCUGAACAUAUCAGUUCUUGAUCUGAGCUACAAUCAAAUUUCGAUCCUAAAAAACAAUGUCUUCUCAUCUUUUUCUUAUUUGACAACAUUAACAAUGGAUUUUAACAAUAUUCAUACUAUAUAUGCUGAUGUCUUUAAUGGUUUGAAAAAGUUACGAUGGCUUUCAAUGAACCACAAUCGACUUAACAUAUUUUCUAAAACAUUUGACAUUGUGUUUAAACCGUUAUUACAUCUACAACACUUGGAUAUUAGAUAUAAUACAAAUACAAGGUUGGAUACAUUAAAACCAAUAGUUUAUCCUUACUUCGGAAAUCUGUCUCAUUUAACCAAUUUAUGUAUGGAUAUUGCACAAAAUCCUGUAUUCAAGUUAAGUGGAUUCGAAAAAAUGUUGGAACUUCACACCAUGAAAUUUGCACGAUGCUAUUUAAAACAGAUGUCUAAUGGCACCUUAGCGGGUUUACCAUCAACCAUUACUGCAAUCUACUUUCGGGAGUGUUUCGUUAGUAUAUCGAUUGUAGAAGCAGAUUUUUUAAAGCCGUUUCCACAUCUUAAGAUUUUAAAUAUGGAAGGAGUAGCUGUACAAUUAGAAGAUGCUUUGAAACUUCUAUAUCCUUUUACGCAUCAAAGAAUGACAUCCAUCAUAUUCAAAGAAAUAACACCUCUAGAUCUUAAACCUGUUUUUAUAUCUCGUGACAUGUUUACUUAUUUGCGCCAUAUUUGCGUAAAAACCUUGGUUUUAGCAGAAAGUGAAAUUGUAGGAUAUGAGAAAAGCCUUCUACUUGCAAUUGAAUUUCCCGAAUGUCUAGAAAAUAUUAUUCUCUCAGGCAAUCGAUUUUCAGUAGCAUUAAGACCCCAUUGGACGGAACUCAUGCAAUUUGCAAAGAAAACAAUCAAUUUGAAAUUUUUUGACUUGUCGUAUAAUGCAAUUAACUUCAACUAUAUUGAAUACUGCAACCUAGACGUGCUGGAAAAUCCUUCGUAUAGAAAGGAAGUAUAUACAGAAGGAUGCCAAAUUAAGUCUACAUCUUUGAAUGAAUAUAAAGGUUACAAUUUAAAGCUAGAAAAAACUAAAAUGAUUAAUGAAUUGAACGUUACGAUUUUUCUACCUGCUAAUCUUACCUUUAUUCGUGUUUCCCAUUAUAUGUCAUCAUAUACACAUGCGGGACAAAAGUUAUUUGUAGCUAAUGUCAAAAAUCUCAAAUACGUAGAUUUCUCAUACUGGCAGAUUACGCAGUUUCCAGAAAUUUAUUCCGAUACUCCUUUUAAUGUGAAAUAUUUGGACAUUUCUGGACUUAACUCAACAAUUUUUAUUCACGAGACGUCAGUUCCGUUUUUUCAAAAUGUACAAACAGCUAUUUUGAAAAAUGCAAAGCUUAGUCUAACAAUUGGAAAGAAUAAUAAAGUUUUUAAACUAUUUCCGGCCGUGGAAAAACUUGAUAUAUCAUACAAUAACUUAUGGUAUUUAGAUGAAGAUGCCUUUGAAACAAACGUAAACUUGUCAAAUGUCAAUAUAGCACACAAUUUCCUCCCAGCUAUACCUAUAGCCGUGUUAGAUUUGCCUCUUUUAAGUAAAUUGGAUUUAAGUUUCAACCGCAUUCAAACUAUCAAUAAAACAUUUCGAGACUGGAUGGAUAAGAAAACUCAAAUCUAUAAAGGGACAUUUAAGUUCUUCAUAGAAGGGAACAGUCUGAAAUGCACAUGCAAAACUUCUAAUUUUAUAAGGUGGCUUUUCAACACAAAUGUCGUUUUUGAUAGGGUCAAUAAAAACUUCAGCUGUACAUUGACAAAUGGAUCAGAAAGUAACACAAUUGAUGUUUACAAACGAUUCCAUGACCAUUUUAGCGACUGCAAUAUCAAAAAUUGGUUGCUCGUAGGAAUAGGACUUCUUGUCGCAUUUGUCAUUUUCACUAUUCCAUUUGCAGUUAUUUUUAAUUUUAGAUGGAAAAUAACUUUUUGGAUAUAUCGGAAUUUUAAGAGAGUCGUAGAACAUAAUUUAGAGAGAAAAUUUAAUUAUGACAUUUACUUGUCAUAUGCAGAUGACAUGCUACAGUGGAUUCAGGUCGAUUUUCUCCAGAGAAUUGAGAAUUCAUGGAGCAUGAAAGUAUGCAUAGAGGACCGCGAUUUCCAAAUUGGACUUACCAAAGCAGAUGAAAUAGCAUCUGCUAUAGCUAGCAGCAAACAUGCAAUUUUUAUCCUUUCUGAGUCGUACAAAGAUAACGAGUGGAACAAAUUUGUAAUCGAAAGAGUCAAAUUCGAAAAAUGCAGAAAUUAUUUGCAGAAGAUAAUCAUCCUGGUAAAAGACGCUACAGCAUCAUGCGUUCCACAUGAACUAGACGACAUUCUACAAAAUGUCACCAUAAUAGACUGGGAGGACAACGAGACAGGUUGGGACAAACUGCGAAUGGCACUGUUCACUGAUUCCUUUUAAUUAAGGAAUACGAAGUUGACUAAA